GCCUGAUCCACACACAGCCAGACAGUAUUAUACGGUUAUAAAAUAGUAGGAAAAGGGAGUUCAGCAUCGUUUCUGAUCAUUUAUAUCGUUACUACAGAGUUGGGGGACGGAUGCAGCGGUGAUAUCGACUCCUAAGCGGCAGCUGGUGGCAGCUAGCCGGGUUAGCUGGUAGUGACAGUCUGUGUGGAUGAACUGCUGGCAACAUCAGCCUACGCGAAAACACAAAGAAAAGAUAAAAUACUUUUUUUUUUUUUUUUUUUUUUAAAGUUUAACUUACAUAUAGUUUCAUUUAGAAGGGACUAGUCGUGUCUUACUAAGAUAGUUGUUAAGUUUCUUGAGGGCUAGCUAACUUAGCCACAUCUGUAAAUACUGGGUUUUUUAGCUAACUUUGCCUGAAAAACACAAUGAGCUCUGAAGAGGCUGCAGCGUCCACUAAAUCCACCCCGGAGGAUGAUGGCAUGACAUGGUGGUACCGAUGGCUCUGCAAAAUAGCAGGGGUGCUGGGAGGAAUAUCCUGUGCCAUCUCAGGAGUGUGGAACUGUGUCACUGUGAACCCUUUGAACAUCGCUGCAGGAGUAUGGAUGGUGUUGAACGCUUUUGUUCUGUUCCUAUGUGAGGUCCCGUUCUGUUGCCAGUUCAUAGAGUUUGCCAACGCAGUGGCCGCCCGUGCAGACAAAUUCAAACCCUGGCAGAAAUCCUUCUUCUACUGCGGGAUGGCUCUCUUUCCCAUUUUCUUGAGUUUCUCCUUUACAACCUUGUUCGGAAAUGCCAUCGCCUUUGCAACAGGAGUUCUGUACGGCCUUGCAUCUUUAGGCAAAAAGGGAGACGCGGUGACUUACGCCAGACUGCAGCAUCAAAAACAAGGGGAUGAAGAGAGGAUGACGGGAACGACCGGGGCUCCAGAGUGAGGCGUCCACCAUCCCACCCUCUUCUUCCUCAAUUUUCUUACUGAGGAUUUUUUUCUCCUUAUCCUCCGCCCACCCUACCUCUUCCUCCAUUGCCCCUUUCACUCUCUUCCAUUUCUGUCACCAAAUAACAACGUUACUGAGUUUAUUUAUUUUAGUUAAACUGCUGCAUUCUUGUUCACCUGACCUAUUAGCAUCUGAACUGACCGGCGUUGGAUUGACUCCGUUAUUUGGUACCUGGCGUGUAAAUGGAAUCUGUCAUUAAGACAUGAUACUUUAGAUUGCAUGGGUUUGUUUUUAUGUUUUUAAUCAUGGAUUGUAUUUAUUAUGUGUUUCCUUUUGUUGUUUUGCUGCUGUUAGUUGUAACCCCCCCCCCCCCCUUUUUUUUAUUGUGGGAAAGCCCGAGCCUUUCAGGAAACAACUAGAAAACAAAGACAAGGCUGAUUGAAUAGAAAUUGUGAUUGUAAAAUGUACAUAUUUUGACUUCAGGUCAUUCACUUUCAGGCUGUGAUUCAGAGUUGUCUCAGAGUGAGGGAGUGUAGUGGGUAAAGAAAGGUCAAACCAUUAGGAACUUUCCCACUGAAGCCCCGUUUUUGACCAAAAGUUCCAGGUAAUGUGGAACCAGCGGAACUAAUCUCAGGAACUAAAACUUGGAACUAAAUGUCCCUGUUGUACAAUCUCCAUCGCAUCUGUGGAGCCAAGUAGAUCAAGCAAAUUAGACCCAUGAGGAUUUAAAACAUGAUGGUAGCGCUUGAAAUAUAGCAUUCACACAUAAGGAAAAACGACAUUGAUUUGUAUUGUUGUUCUUUGUAUUUACUGCUGCAUGAGUUGGAUGUAAUGAGCAACAGUCAUCCCACCUGUACUUAAGGAAAAUACUACCCCCGAGCAGGGACCUUUGGGGUUGGGAGGUAAAAUAAUCUUCCUAGAGCUUAAUUUAGACCCUCUUCCCCCUGAGGAAACACAGGUAGAGGCCUUUGAAGGACCUAUAGAGGCAGGAUUUGCAGGGAUGAUCAUCACUGAUUGGUCAAACACAGACAACUUCAUUCACAAAACAAGGAAGUAGCUAGUGUCCAUAUUAGGACGAGAAAUAGACAUUUUUCAUCGUUUGUUAAUGUUUAAAAGUAAAGUAAGGACUUUGCAAGAAGGAGUGUGAGCGAGACUUGAGCUGUGUGUGUGUGUAUGUGUGUCAAAUACUGAUACCAGGGCUUCACACAGCACUAACCUCAUCACUAUUGGAUUUGGGGCAGUGAGGCAUUUAAUUUGAACAACUUGCCUUAAAGAUAAGAGGGGAAGGCAACAGGGAAGAAAAGUUUUAUUUCCAAUUAUAAUUAGGGAUAUUUUUAAACCUUAAAGUCAGCACAGACUAAGCAUGAGACCUGUAUGUAUUUCCUUGUUUUGUUUUAAUGAUGGUCUCUGUAGAUCAGAAGAGUAAUCGAUCACCAGUGUUCACAAUAACGUGUUGCAUAUUUUUCUUCCCUGGACUAUUUUUCUAGAUUUUUAAUGGCUAUUUCUGUUGAUAGGGAUAAUAUCUGAGAUUAUAGUUUUUGUUAGGAAUUAGUUUAAUUUAUUUAAGCACAUAAGGAGGAAACUCUAGUGUCUAGGUUGUUGAAUUGUGGCAGUUUGAUUUUGUUAUCUUGGAUAAAUCAAGAUUAGUAGGUGUUUGAACGAAAAAUCAUGGAGUAUUAGCUGAUAAAGAAUUUCCUCUGUAUUUUAAUUAUUACAGUCACACACACACACACACACACUCAGAACUGUAUUUAGGAACAGUUGUCAGAUCAGUUGUAGGUUACUUUCAUCCAAAAAGAACAACCAAAAGAUUUUGGUUGCUUGUCUGAAAGUUCACUUGCUCAAAAGUUUGAGAUAAUAAUACCGAUCAAGUGACUUAAGUGUUGUACCUAAUGUAAACAGACACCUCUGAACUGCAGCCUGAAUGCAUUUUUAAAACGUACCCGGGCAUUAGGGACAUUUUUAAUAUUGGGGAAUGUACAUGGUAAACCCAAAGAUAAGGAUAGCUUCUUCUCUUUGUUUGCUUUUAUGCUUUCAUGUAUUCUUUUCAGUUUGUUUAAGCUUUUGCUGAUGUCCGCUUGAGGCAUUCCUGCACUCGACCUGUAGUAACAUUUGAAAGCUUUCAGUGAAUGGGUGAGAGGAGCUCAGCUUGUUUAUGUUUCGUUCCUCAUCAUCAAGCAGCCAGUAGCCAAGUUGUGGCAACAGACACAUUAUGUAACGAAAAAGUAGAACAUGCGCUUAUUUGAUCUCAUUUUGAAAACUUGUUUAAUUAUUUUUGAAUCUGUUACUGAAUAUAUCUGCCGAUCGCUCUGUGUUUAUUAGGAGUCUAAUUAGUGCACUCUACUCCACCAGGACACAUUAAAAUUUAAUGAGGGACAGUGUCUCCAUUCAGGGACUAAUUGGUCUAUAUCCCACACAAUCAUCAGAGCCACGGUUUGCCUUUGUCACUCAAAUGAGAUAUGCAGUGGUCAGCCAUGUACGAUUUUGCGUUUGUGUUGUUUUGUUGCCUUACCUCUGUUGUGUCAUGGUUAAUAAGGAUGCUUUUGGAAUAAUUGUUUACACGUACCUCUUACAGCUAUUUAAGUCUUUCAUUGGCUGGUCAGUGACUGCAAUGAUUAUUCACACAUCACCACCAGCUCUCAGGUAUCAUAUUUAACAAUGAACAGCAUACAGAUACAUUUUGGUGAAGUAGUUGAUGCGUAGAUCAUAGGUACAGUUUAGCAUAAGCAUGACUAUGUGAAAACACUACCGCUAUAUCAUUUGAGCCAAUGGAAGAGCAUUUGUGAAACAUGUAAAACAUGCACAACCAGUGGUCACAAGUGGUGCAGCACCACAUACACACCAGGGAUAUGCUACAGUCUGACACUACACAGUCUUACACUACAGCUUUAAUAAGCCUAUGUGAUUACCUAGGUGAAAAAAAGUGAUUCACUUUCCACAGCCGUCCAUCCACCAAACCAUUAUUUUAUUGCAAUUAUGUACAUCCAAAACUGACUGUGUCCUCUGCUGUAAGGGAUAUGUGUAUAAUAUGUGUUGUGAUGUGAAUCCUGAAACUGUCAUUAAUUAGUGAAUUAAACAAACUUGCUACUACUA